UAGACAAUUUGAAUUUGACAUUCUGCUAAAUAAAAUACAUAUAACGAUCUUCUGUGAAUUGAUAAUUUCAAACAUUUGGUUAUUGGUUUAACUAUAAUUUUUCCUUAACAUAAAUAUGGAAAAUCAUGUAGAUUUAAUUAAAUGGUUUAAAAUGAUGGGUUAUGAUUAUCACAUUCCAGAGGAACAACUAGUGAAUAUAUGUAAUAAGUCGACUUCGUUUAUUUGGCAUGAAUUAAUGCAGAACACAAAACCAAAACAAGAAGUGGACAACUUGAGAAAUAAUGUUAUAAUUAACCGACUGAGAAGUACAACUUUAAAUAAACAAGAUGAAUUUUCUUAUCCCAUUAAAAACAUAGUGUUAUAUUUAAAAAAGCAAGCUCUAGAAAAGAAAAUAAAUAGUCUUCAAAGUGUUAUUAAGGAAAAGAGAGACAUGGUAAACAAUCAGUCAAAAAACAAUAAAAUAAAAUAUAUUGCAAUAGAGAAGUUAAAAUCACAAAUCCAGGAAAAUAAAGAGCGAGAAUAUUUUCUAGAUAAAAAGUAUAAAAUGUUGGAAAAAAAUAUUCAAAAUGCAGAGGAAACCUUAACUUGUGCUAAGAAUUUGACUCCAGUGGAAUUAGAUGAAAAUCCAAAUUCUACAGAAAUUAUGGAGACAUUACAAAAAUGUGCAGAAAAGUUAGAGAAAAUUUUAAAGGAAAUUCCUAGUCAUAAUAAACAUAAUAAUUCCACUCAAAAAUCCUUUAGAUUUUAUUCUGCUCAGAAGGAGUCAAAGACACAAUCUACUUUCGAAAAAUAUUUAAUCAUGAGUGAACGGAAACAUUCAGAAAAAAUUACCGUAUUUAAACAUGGAAGAGGCAGUGCAAAAAGUAAUAGAAAUAAUAAAGAAAAUGCAAGUAGCAAUAGAAAAAUAAGUAAAAAUUUGUUUGCUAGUGCCACUGAAGAGCAUGCAAAUGCUGCAAAUAAACGUGAGUCACUGGGAAUAUUACCAGAUUCUUAUUUAAAUAAGAAUGACCUGAAUAAUGAAUUAGAAGUUGAUUCAGUUGAAAACAUUUUUAUGAAUAUGUAUAGCAUUAAUGAAAGUAAUGUGAAUGGCUCGUUACCUAAAAACCAUUUUGAUAUUAACUGCACUUUGCAGUUCAGUGAACACCAUAAUUUAAAGAAUGUAAACCAGAUGCCUAAAGAGAUUCUUUUCGACAAAUUCUAUAAUGAUGAGUUUAUUACAAACAAGUUGCAGACUUUGCUAUAUAACCAUAAUAGACAAAUAAUUUGGAAUACCUUUGAAUCGCUAAAUGAUGAUUUAAACUUAGAUGUAGCAAAAAAUAUAAUUUUAAAAUUUAGAAAAAAUGAAAGAAACAACAAUAUUAAUCAAGAAGACAUUGCCAGACUUCAGUUUCUUCACAUACAGACUGAAUUGCAAGUUUUAAAAUUAAAGGCUAUUUUAAAAGACAUGCUGGGAAAAAUUAUGAAGAAGAAGAAGUUCAUUUAUGCAGCGAUAAACAGUAGAGGCAUUCUCCCAGAACAGGUGGAAGAUGUAGGGAAACUAUUUGAAUUACAACUUUAUGACAUCUGCUUAGAUGUUACACUAACUGAAAUGAAGAAGGAAAUAAAUUCGAUAAAAAAAAUUGAUACCAGAAAUGAUUUACAUAUUACUCUGGGAAAAAUUAGCAAAACCAAGGAAGAUAUUGUUGAUAAAAUUGGUUCUAUAAAGCAAUACAUCAGUGAUGUUUAUGAUACAUUGCAAUCAACUGUUCAUGCUAGAGAAGCAACAAUUGCCUGUGUUCGAAAAAUUGGACCGUUCGUGGAAGAUUUGACAUGGUCCGUUCCAUUAACUGAGCAUUUAUGUUCUACUGAAGUCAAAACGUUUGAAAAAUUUCCAUUGGAAUAUAACAGAAGAUGUGUAUAUACCAAUCCCAGAGUAGUUUAUAGGGAUAUUACCGACGACUUUCCAGGGGUUGCUGAUUUAGAUAGUGAUAUUUUAUAUAUGUUAACUAAUAUAUUGGAAAACCCUUUCAGUCCUCCUGAAUUUGUUGUGUUACAAAUUUUAAAAUGUAAAAUAAAAUUGAAUGCUCUGAAAUUGUUGCCUAGUCAAUCAACUAGUAAUUAUAGAAAAUAUUCCAUAGAAGAACUUCAAGCACAAGAAAGUUACAUACAGUAUGCUUUGGAUAAAUUGAACUCCAUUAUAUUUUCCUCGGCAGCAAAUAACAUACUCAGUACAGCAGAACGUACAAAAAAUGUAAUGAAAAUUUGGUUGGAAAUGCCUUUGAAAGAUUUUAUUUCGCACAAAAGAAUAGUGGAAGGUCAUGAUUAUAAAUUUUAUGAGAAGCGCUAUGAUAGUUUUUAUAAUGGCUCUUGAUUUAUGUUUAUUGGUAUUUAUCCAUUUUACAUAAUUUUAUAAAUAUA